AUGAUUAUUCAUUAUUACCGGAUAAAGGUGAUCAGAAAAUAUGUCACGCUCGACAAAUGCUUGGUUUUAAAACACCACCAUUAUUUGUUAUACGUAAAUCAAGUGAUGAUAGCUAAUCGAUGUAUGCAAGACAAAGUAAAUGGUAAAACAUUACGUAAUGAAUUAAUAAAACGAAUGUGGGAAGAUGUUAAUAAUCGUUUGGAUAAAUUAUAUUUCAUAAAACGACGAAAAAAAUAUGUAAUGAUACAACAAUUAUAUUCAGAAUUUAAUGCAGCAUUAUUUGGUCUUGAUGAAGGAUUAGUUACUAAUGAUUGUAUAUUGGCUGGUGCUAUUUGGCGUACAAUACUCGGUAUGAAUGAAGAAAAAACUGAUCCAAUCAUUUUAGAAUUAUUAGUACGAUAUACACGUGUUCAGCUUAUAUCGGUCGGUAGAUUAGUAUUGGAAAAUGCAACCAAAUAUGGUUUGAAAGCAAAUCCCAUUCAAUGGUUUGAAAAUAUAUUCUAUGAAGAAAAUCGUCCAUUAAUAUAUGCAGCAUUGUUGACCAAUUUGUUUGCAUUAUUUUCACUGUUUAUGGAACGUAUAUUUGUUUUUUAUCUAGAAUCAUUGGGACGUGUUACACAAGAAAAUCUACCCGAAUCAUCAAUAACAUUUACACCAAAAUCUGAUGGUCAAUUGAUUCAUAUGUUAAGAUUUGAUUCGACUCCGAAUGAAGAAUAUAUAUUCGGUUGGAUUUGGUCAACAAUAUUAUUGAUAAUGUUAUUCAUACCGAUUGGAUUAACAAUGAAAUGUGAUUGUAAUCCAUAUUUACUAUCAAUACUAUGUUUAUGGUAUUUUGUUGUAUUUUUUAAAUUAUAUUCAUAUCAUCAAGUCAAUUCAUGGUGGCGUACCCAACAAGUUUAUAAUGGCUAUCGUAAACCAACUAAAAAAACUAAUGAACAAUUAGAACUUUAUCAAGGUGAAACAUUACGUGCAUGGGAUCCAACACGUUUAAUUCUGUAUCCAGAUAAUUUAACAAUAACAAAUAUUUUACGAUUUAUUUAUCUACCAACCAAUUGUUAUCAAUGUAAUUUUCCAAUGAAAAAAUCUCGAAAUUUUACAUUUAUGUUUCGUUGUUUUAUUGAAUUUAUAUUUCUAAUUGAAUUAUCAUGUGUAUUGAUACAACAAUGGAUUAUUAUACCGUUAGAAGAUCGUCAUUUUAAUCCAUCCGAAACAACUGUAUCACAAUUUCUUUUACAAUGGUCAAAAAUGUCGCUUGCUACAAUAACCAUUUGGUUAUUAGGUUUUUAUUGUAUUUUUCAAUCAUUAGCUAAUUUGAUGGCUGAAAUAUUAUGUUUUGCUGAUCGCCAUUUUUAUGAUGAUUGGUGGAAUAGUCGUACAAUAUCAGAAUUUUGGCGUCGUUGGAAUCUACCGAUUCAUCGUUGGCUGAAACGUCAUCUAUUCUAUCCAACAUUAUAUCAAGGUUAUAGCCAUUUUCAGGCAACAUUUUUGGUAUUCAUAUUUUCCGGUAUAUUUCAUGAAUAUUUUGUUUCCGUACCAUUGGGUCGUAUUUGUAUACAUUUUUUCUUUGGAAUGUGUUCACAAAUUUUAUUUGAAAUGUUAGCAAAAAAUAUUCGUUCAUGGCAUUUAGCUAAUGCAUUAGUUUGGUUAUCAUUAAUAUUGGGACAACCAUUAUUAAUUUUAUUAUAUUAUAAUGAUGUUAUUAAUUAUAAUUGAUAUUUUAAUACAUAACACAAUAAUAAUCAAU